AGAAGCAGAUCUCCCGUUUACUUCCAGCGUGGAUGGUUCACAAAUAAUUUUAUUUUUGUUUUGGAAAACACUGUCUGUUAUGAGGCCGUUAUCCCGCGACCUUUAGCCUCUGACCCGUUCUGACCCGCUCCUCUCAGAGCGGUAAAGAUGGCGGCCUCCAUGCAGCUCAUCUGCAGGGCUCUGAGCAGACUUUCUCCUUCAGUGUCGCGUUCGUCCCGCCAGUGCACGUCCGUCUUCCAGACGCUGGAUCUGAGGACCCGGCCGGGUCUGUGUGCCGCCCCACAUCCCGCUCCACAUCCCGCCCAGGCUUACUGCACAGCGGCGGCUCCCGGUCCGGACGCUCCCGGCCCGGACCUGGACUCCCGGAGCCGUUAUGCGGAGAAACCCUGGGAGUAUUUAGACAGUGAAGAGUAUGAGGAGAAGUAUGGAAGCGACCCCGUGUGGACAGGCUACAGGAGGAACCACAAAGGGGGCAUCCCCCCCCAGAAGACCCGCAAGACCUGCAUUAGAGGAGACAAGAUCUGUGGGAACCCCUGCCCCAUCUGCCGGGACCCCCACAUCAGAGUGCACCCCCAGAACGUCAAGCUGCUGCAGCAGUUCAUCAGUCCUCACAGCGGGGUCCUCUACGAUCCCACCAGGACAGGUGUGUGCAUGAAGCAGCAGAAGAAGCUGAACGAGGCCAUCAGCACAGCCAGAGACCACGGUCUGCUGCCGUUCCAGAUCCCGUACGUGGACUUCACCGCAGAGGACUACUCCAACUCCCACCAGGCGGUGGGCUGCACCCCUCCCCCCCCCUCCCCCGGGGACUCCUGGUAUCACUGGUACCAGGAAAUGACGCCGGACGCCGGCGCCGUGGCCAAAGUGAAGAAGAUCUACAGGGACUACUUGAAGUGACGCGACGGUUCAAACCGCUGUAGAAAAUAAACUGCUCAAUAAAGCUCUGGA